AUGUUUUUACCUUCACUUGAUGCGACUGAUGUCGCUCAGGCAUCACUCAAGAACUCACUCACCUACCUUGGCUCUGUGCUUCUUAAGAAUACAACUGUUGACUCUGUUAAAGAAUUGAUUCAGCAAACUGGUUCAACUUUGUUUUGGACUCAUGCUUCAACCGUAGAGGAGGCUGUUAAAUUGUGGGACGUGGGUGUGUGGAAGGUUGUUUUUGACAUUAGCGUGUAUGCAAAUGUCGUGCAGGAAUUGGCUGGAAUUCCUGAAGAACGUAUUGCUGUCACUUCUGCUCUCGAGAACCCUUUGUUGGACUUCAACGCCGUCAAUUUGGAUACCCUUGUUCCUGCAUCAAUCCUCACCACUGAUCCCAGUGUUAAGAAUAAGCUUAAUGUCGGAGAGGCGUUCUUGGCUGCUGCUACUACUGACCGUGCCGAUGGGCUCUAUACAACAAUGGUAGUAGAUGAACGCAACACUGCCCUUGGACUUGUUUAUUCUAGCCAAGAAAGUGUGAAGGAGUCGAUCCGUUUGGGCCAAGGUGUCUACCAGAGCAGACGCCAUGGACUUUGGCACAAGGGUCUGACUUCAGGUGCUACCCAAACCCUAGUCCGUAUCGACUACGAUUGUGAUGGCGACGCCCUUCGCUUCAUUGUUAAACAGCACGGAGCAGGAUUCUGUCACCUCAAUACUCGUACUUGUUUUGGUGCUGAGACUGGUCUCGCAUCUCUCCAACAGACUCUUCAGAGCAGAAAGAACAGCGCACCCGUUGGAUCUUACACAGCACGUCUUUUCAACGAUGCUAAGCUUCUCAAGUCUAAGAUUAUGGAGGAAGCCGAGGAGUUGUGUGAUGCCACCGAAAAGGAUGACAUCGCGUGGGAGGCUGCAGACCUGAUAUACUUUGCCCUUACCAAGUGUGUCAGUGCCGGUGUAUCUAUUGAGGAUAUCGAGAAGAACCUUGACAAGAAGGCCCGCAAGGUCACCCGUCGUCCUGGUAACGCCAAGCCCAAGUGGAUCGAACCAACUGUUGCCGCUCCUAAGCCUGCUCCCACUCCUGCUCCCAAGCCUGCCCCCAAGAAGGAUGGCAGAAUCGAGAUGGUGACCUACUCCUCAAACGAUAUCUCUGCCGAGAAGAGAGCAAAGCUUUUGCUGCGUCCCAUCAUUGACUCCUCCGAGAUCUCUGCCAGAGUUGCUCCUAUUAUGAAGGAUGUCCGUGAGCGUGGUGAUGCUGCUUUGAAGGACCUUACUGCCAAGUUUGAUCGCGUCAACUUAGAACAUGCUACCAUCAAAGCACCUUUCAACCCCAAGGAUAUGGAAUUGGACCCUCUCACCAAGGCAGCCAUCGACCAAGCUUAUGACAACAUUUACAAGUUCCACGACGCACAAAUGGACCGCGAGACUCUUGUUGUUGAGACAAUGCCUGGCGUUGUAUGCUCUCGAUUUGCUCGCCCAAUUGAAAAGGUUGGCUUGUAUGUCCCUGGUGGAACCGCCAUUCUUCCUUCAACUACUCUUAUGCUGGGUAUCCCUGCAAAGGUUGCCGGCUGUUCCGAAAUUGUGAUUGCCACCCCUCCUCGCGCCGAUGGUACUGUUGUUCCUGAGGUAUUGUAUGUUGCUCACAAGGUUGGGGCUUCGCACGUUGUUCUUGCUGGUGGUGCACAAGCUGUUGCCGCUAUGGCUUAUGGUACCCAGACAGUUCCCAAGGUAGACAAGAUCUGUGGACCUGGUAACCAGUACGUAACUGCUGCCAAAAUGGUUGCCCAGAAUGAUACCUCUUGCCUUGUCUCCAUUGAUAUGCCUGCCGGUCCCUCUGAAGUAUUGGUUAUUGCUGACCGCACUUGCAAGCCCUCCUACGUUGCCGCUGAUCUGUUGUCCCAGGCUGAACACGGCGUCGAUUCCCAGGUUGUCUUGGUUGCUGUUGAUCUUGAGGAUUCUAUUCUCGCUGCUAUUGAAGAUGCUAUCCACGAGCAGGCUAUUCGUCUCCCCCGUGUGGAUAUCAUCCGUGAAAGUAUUCCCAAGUCUUACACUCUCCGUGUAAACACCAUCGAUGAGGCUGUUCGUUUCUCCAAUGAAUAUGCACCUGAGCAUCUUAUUCUUCACAUUGACAAUGCCGCCAGACUCAUUCCUGAUAUCCAACAUGCUGGAAGUGUCUUUGUUGGUCACUACUCUCCAGAAAGUAUGGGUGACUAUGCUUCCGGUACCAACCACACUUUGCCUACCUAUGGUUAUUCUCGCAUGUACUCUGGUGUGAACACCCUCACAUUUGUCAAGCACAUUACUUCACAAGAACUUACCGCAGAAGGACUCGACAGACUUGGUGACACCGUUAUGAGAUUGGCAGAAAUUGAAGGCCUGGAUGCCCACCGUAAUGCCGUUGCUAUCCGUGUAGCUGAUAUCAGAAAAUAAAUACUUUUCUUCUUUUUCCCUCUCUAUAUAUUCAAAAACAAUAACAACCAUACAAUAUAAAAAAAACAACUGAGCAAAUAAAAUUUGUCGUUAUUUUUAUCAUUUCAAUAAAAACAGCUCAACAUCGCAUAGUUUAAUACCAU